AUGCGGGGCACGACCACGAAUAGUUGGUACCUCUGCAACAGGCACGAGCGGCUUCUAAGCAAGUUACUGUUACGCUUUGUCCUCAUGGAUAAACAUCUCAAGUACCUGGUAGCACUGCUAGUCGUGGUGCUGUUCACCUGUCUCACUGGUGGACUGCAGUUAGAAUGUGGCCAUCUGUUUAGCACAAGCUGUCAGAGUUGGAAGACGGGUCGAGAGAUGACCGGUCUUGUGGCUGCGGCCCUGGUGGCAUUUGUGAUGGCCUCUAUUUUUGCCGCACUCUUUAUUCUGAAAAAGAACCGCUGGGCGUCCAUAUGCGAGUUUAUUGCCUUAGCCGCAGGCGCUGUUCUCAUGUUGGCUGCGGUCGCCGUCUACUACAACCGAAGUUCCAUCCUCUCUCCACUCAUGGCCACUAUCACCAUGACUCUGUCUAUUGAGAUAGCGGUAGUGCUGUCUCUCGAUGGCGUAGCCUAUGGGCUAUGCUGGGGACCUCAGUCAUUCUUCACAUUAGUAAUACAUGUUCUGCUAUACCACUGUGAAUUCCAACAACUUCAAGGAAGACUUGGGGUGCUACAUUGGUAG